AUGGUCCAGACCGACGGCAUCGCCAUGCCCGACAACACCUUCGUGCAGAUCUGGGACAUCAUGGUUUUGUUAUUAAUCCUCGUCCUCUUCCCGCUCCUGCCGCUCAUGCUCGCGUUCCCCGUGAUCAGCAAGACCAUGCGCCAGUUCGACACCUACUGCGACAUCGUCUUCGUCGUCGACAUCGUCAAGAACUUCCACGUGGGCUACGUCGACGCGAACGACGUGCUCCACAUGGACCGGAAGGAGAUCGCGCGGAACUAUCUGACGGGCUGGUUCUGGCCCGACGUCGCGUCCGUGAUCAGCGUGCUCAAGUGGAUCGACAUGGGCGACAGCGAGACGUUCCUGUCGAUUUUGAAGAUGGUCAAGCUCUUCAAGCUCUUCCGGACCGCGCGGCUUUUAGACCACCUCGCGCCCUACUGGUACCAGGUCCAGGACUACUACCACUUCCACAUCUCCGACGCGUGGAUCAAGCUCUGCAAGCUCUUCUUCUUCCUCAUCGUCCUGGCCCACUGGAUGGGCUGCGUGUCCUACGCGCUCGCGCGGUUCUGGAACUUCCCCCGGUCGUCGUGGGUCGUCGUCGCGGGUUUGGUCGACGAGGACGGCGCGAACCUGAAGACCGUCAUCUCCCAGUACUCCUGGUGCGUCUGCCGCGCGCUGGGGCUCAUCGUCAUGGAGUCCUACGAGUCGCCCUACUCGUCGGGGACCUGCGUCGAGACCGACGGCUGGUGCACGAUCGAGACGUGGACGAUCCUGCUGUCGCUCUACGUGGGCUCCAUCUUCUACGCGGCGCUGAUCUCGAACAUCUCGAGCAUCGUCGGCGACAUGAACGUGAGCAAGCGGCGCUUCGAGGAGAUGGUCCACAACACGGACGAGUACAUGAUCACGAAGAACAUCCCGCGCGACCUCCGGGAGCGCGUCCGCGAGUUCUACCACCUGCGCUACGCCAAGGGCCGCAUCUUCGACGAGGGCCAGAUCCUGGAUUCGUUGAACGCGGAGCUGCGCACGGAGAUCGCGUCCUACAACACGCGCGCGGUCGUGUCCGUCGUGCCGCUCCUCGCGAACAGCCCGCUCCGGUUCACGCGCGCGAUGACCGUGGACAUGAGCCCGACGAUCUACUUCGCGCGGGACCUCGUGGUCCAGGAGGGCAACUCGGGCGACGAGAUGUUCUUCAUCUCCAACGGCAUGGCGGAGAUCCUGCUCCGCGCGUGCGGCAACGUCGCGAUCCACGUCAUCUCGGACGGCUGCUACUUCGGCGAGGUGGCGGUGCUCUUCGACGGCAAGCGCACGGCGUCGAUCCGCACGCUGUCCGUGACGGUCAUGUACAGCCUGAGUGCGAAGUCGCUCCUCGCGGCCAUCGCGGACUUCCCCGAGAUCGAGGCGUACUUGCAGCGCAUCGCGAAGCUCCGGCGCGAC